AUUGACCAACAUUUGCUGGAUGAAUUGGAUCAUCUAUUAGGAGACUUGAUUGUUAAGUUUCUAUAAAUGAAUAGACCAGUACUAUCUUGUUUGGAGCGAUGUUGAAAUUCCAAGAGGCAGCUAAGUGUAUGUGUGCAUCAACAGCUGUUUCCACUUAUCCAGAGACCUUGAUUGCAAGAAGAUAUGUGCUUCAGCAGAAACUUGGAAGUGGAAGUUUUGGAACUGUCUAUCUGGUUUCAGAUAGGAAAGCCAAAAGAGGAGAGGAAUUAAAGGUACUAAAAGAAAUCUCUGUUGGAGAGUUAAAUCCAAAUGAGACUGUGCAGGCCAAUUUGGAAGCCCAGCUCCUUUCCAAGCUGGACCAUCCAGCCAUUGUCAAGUUCCAUGCAAGUUUUGUGGAGCAAGAUAAUUUCUGCAUUAUCACGGAGUACUGUGAGGGCCGAGAUCUGGAUUAUAAAAUUCAGGAAUAUAAAGGAUCUGGGAAAAUAUUUUCAGAAAAUCAAAUAAGAGAAUGGUUUAUCCAGCUGUUGCUAGGAGUUGACUACAUGCAUGAGAGGAGGAUACUUCAUCGAGAUUUGAAAUCAAAGAAUAUAUUUUUGAAAAAUAAUCUCCUGAAAAUUGGGGAUUUUGGAGUUUCUAGACUCCUAAUGGGAUCCUGUGACUUGGCCACAACUUUAACUGGAACUCCGCAUUAUAUGAGUCCUGAGGCUCUGAAACACCAAGGCUAUGACACAAAGUCAGACAUCUGGUCACUGGCAUGUAUUUUAUAUGAGAUGUGUUGUAUGGAUCACGCAUUCACUGGCUCCAAUUUCUUGUCUAUUGUUUUAAAAAUUGUUGAGGGCGAUACACCCUCCCUCCCUGAGAGAUAUCCAAGAGAACUAAACACCAUCAUGGAAAGCAUGUUGAACAAGAAUCCUUCAUUGAGACCAUCUGCUCUAGAAAUUUUAAAAAACCCUUACAUUGCUGAACAGCUACAGCACCUGAUGUGUAGAUAUUCUGAAAUAACUCUGGAAGACAAGAAUUUGGAUUGUCAGAAGGAGGCCGCCCGGAUAAUUAAUGCCAUGCAAAAAAAGAUACACCUGCAGACUCUUCGGGAACUAUCUGAAGUGCAGAAAAUGACACCUAGAGAAAGGAUGCGGCUGAGGAAGCUCCAGGCAGCUGAUGAAAAAGCCAGGAAGCUAAAAAAAAUUGUGGAAGACAAGUAUGAAGAGAAUAACAAGCGGAUGCAAGAAUUGAGAUCUCGGAACUUUCAGCAGCUGAGUACAAAUGUGCUUCAUGAAAAAAAUCACUUAAUGGGAACAGAAGAAAAGGAGAAGCAAAUGGAGAGAAGACUUUCUUGUUCACCCCAGGAGGAGGAUGGAGAGAGACAGCCAGGCAAGGAAGAGGAAUUAGAUGAACCAGCUUCAGAGAACCUACCUGAGUCUCAGCCUACUCCUUCCCUGGACUUUGACUCGAGUAUAGAAGAGGCCAUCACUGACCUUGGACAUAAUGAAAUCCCUGAAGACCCUCUUGUGGCUGAAGAGUAUUAUACAGAUGUGUUUGAUUCCUGCUCUGAAGAUAGUGAGGAGCAGGAAGAAGAAAUAGUGUUCUCAGGACUGGAGGGAGAGGUCAAGGAAGAGGGACCCCAACCAGCUUACAGAACAAACCAACAGGACAGUGAUAUUGAAGCAUUAGCCAGGUGUUUGGAAAAUGUCCUGGGUUGUACCUCUCUAGACACAAGGACCAUUACCAGCAUGGCUGCAGACAUGUCUCCAGGACCAGCUAUCUUCAACAGCGCGAUGGCCAGGACCAAGAUGCAGCACAUGAGGGAAUUGGCCAUGCAGAAGCUGGGAACACAAGUAUUUGAGGAGGUCUACAAUUACCUCAAGAGAGCAAGGCAUCAGAAUGCCAGUGAAACAGAGAUCCGGGAGUGUCUCGAAAAAGUGGUCCCUCGGGCCAGUGACUGCUUUGAAGUUGACCAGCUUCUCUAUUUUGAGGAACAGUUACUGACCACAAUGAGGAAAGAACCCACUCUCCAGGACCCUCACUAAGGAACCAUGACAAACAAGCAGAAGUUCAAGUAGACAAAUUUCUGUGAAAAUCCAUGAACUGUAUA